AAUAUGUAUAGGCGUUAAUUGAAUAUUCAUUUGUUUUAUUGUAUAAAUGUGAGAUGGUUCGUCACUUCGGGCAUGCACGCUUGUGGAGGAGCGAUCCCCCGUGCAUCUGCGCGCAAUAAACAUACCUACUUUAUAACUUUCGAGUUAUAGAGUCUAAUUCCUCACGUCAUUUUGGCGAGCCAGGCAGGAGGAUUUCUGCUCGGCUGAGGGACCAGCUGCGGAGCGGACGCUCCUAGGCGCGCCCCGGGAGAUUUCCUCGGAGGAGCCUCCUCUUCUCAGCUGUUCACCCGGGAGCAGAAGAGAAACCCCUGGAUCCGCGGAUAAAACGGUAUGUUUAGUAACGGGGCGGCUGGUGAGACGCACGGAGACGUCCGGCGCGCAGCGUAGUCCCCAGGAGGAAAGGUACCUUGGGAGGGGGUUUGCUGACCAAGGGGUGGCCGCUAGCGAUCUUGAGGGCAGAUCGAGCAAACCCGAGGUUACUGCCAUUCCUAAAAGCCCGGAGGCCUCGUGACGGAAAGCGGGGGGCGGGACGGAAUAAGGCGGAAUCUCACAGGAACAAGAGGGACCUCACAGCAAAAGUAAAAGGGAAACUUUUGCGUAGGAAAAAGAGGAAGCUAAAAACUUCCUUUAGGUUGUCUUAAGAAUUGGGGAAUUCCUAGAAUGUAACAACUGAAAUAGCGCUCUGUGUCUUGUUUGUUCUAUGUGUUGUCUUGUUACAUGUUCAAAACUCGGAGUUAUGAAAUGUAUGUUGAAAAGUAAUAAUAUUCUGGUAAUUCGUGGCAAAUAGCGGAAAACUUAACACUCUGCUUAAGACCAGGAAAAAUUGGUUUUUUGUUUGUUGUUUGUUUUUUGGCAAUUGUUCAUUGAAAUGCAUACUUUGUGAACUGUUAGUGCUCCUAAAAGUUGUACAUAAGUGCACGGUACCUUAUAACAUACUGCUUGUGUGACUGCGGGCUGCCCGGAGAGUGUGAAUGGUGUAAUUGAGAUGCGCAUUUUGAUUUUCCGUGUAUAGCUUAAUUAUUUUGACUGAGUGUGAGUGCAAGAGUGCUUGAGACAGGCGUUUGAGUGCAAAACGAGUAAGGAGCUCUAUCCACGUUUCCGACCUUGGGUGGCUAAGGCGGCCGGAGAAAAACAAAGUAAUUCAAAUUGCAAAAUGGGAAAUGGAAGGAGUAAGCCCUGUGAAAAAUCGCCCUUGGGUUGUAUAUUAAAACAUUGGAGUGAUAUCGCAGGACAGGGUGGUACCGAAAAUAGAAGGAAAUGGAUUAAAUAUUGUAAUCAGUGGUGGCCUUUGUAUAAAUUAGAGUGAUGCGAAAUGGCCUCAGGAGGGAGGAAUGUUUGAUUAUAACACUCUCCUGCAAUUAAUGUUUCUGAGAAGAGAAGGAAAAUGGGACGAAGUAUCAUAUGCAGACAUGUUCUUCGUCCUCCAGGACAAACCUGAGUGGCAAAAGGACUGUGGAUUAGUACCCCCUCGGGAUCCUAUGGUACUAACACUAGAAAGAGUGCGGGAUUAACAUCACCUGAUCUUUGAUUAUGGCUCUAGAAAAGGAUAGGAAAAAAACCCCAAGACCUAAACUAGAAAGAUGUUCUUGUUGAAAUUUUUGUGUUUAAAAGCUCAGGUUGCGGUUCCUUCUGUGGAGCAACCAGAAUGAAACACGUUGUAAGAUAAAAACUUGUACUGAUGUAUGUAAAACCUGAGACGGGGGUGGGUGGAGAAUCAAAGACCUUGUGAAAGUGUUGAAGUAUUGGGGUGAGUUUGUACAAACCCCCGUACCCCCUCGAAGGUGCGACUGAAUCAUGCUGGGAUGCAUGGCAGGAUGUUUUCUGUUUGCCUGCAAAGGCCUGAUAUGUAAUAACACAGACUUAAAGCAACAAGUAGCAGAUUUGCAUUCAGGGUCAGAAAGAGUUAAAACAGAAGUGCUGCUGCAGAGGCAGGCUUGUGUAACCUGCAGAGCAGGAAGAGCAUCUCCUGCCCCGAACCCUUCUGCUGGUGAGGAGGAGGGGGUUGCUGUUGCUGACAAUUGAGCAGAAGGACCUGACAAUGUCACCCCAAUUGCUGCAGCAUUUGCAGUACAACAGGACCGGUAACGGCCUGCGGCGAAUGAAGAGACGGGACACAGCUUGAUGCAAGCAAAUGUCCAUUUAUUAGUGAUUUUCUUACAAAUAUAUACGUUUCUACCUUCUACAUAUUACACACUGAUUGGUUAAAUCUUAAGCGUAAAAAACACUGAUUGGUUGAUAUUUAAGGCACACCGUUAGAACAAUAGGAACUUACUAGUUUAUCUUGACCUAGCAAUAAUUUCUAUUCCAAGGUUAGGGAGUUUCUUUCUAUGCGGCUUUCUUGAUUACAUAUUGGUGCCAUCUGUUCCCUUAUCUGGCUACUUGUUUCUCUGUCCGUCUGGUUGCCUCCUCAACUGUGACGGCUCAGGGUUCUGCAGUUAGCUUGUUCCUUUGCUCCCAGGGCUUGUGCCCUACAAGUUCUAACAAGUCUCUAUUCAUCAGGCUAUCAGUACUUGGACUCUUGUCCUUGAGGCCUUGUCCUACAACGGCCCCUUUUAGGGCAGGGAAUGGGUAUGAGGUGGAAUUUUAGUGAAUACAAAACCAACUUAUUUGUUAAACUUCAGUAAAAAAAAAAAAUAAAUUGUUACAGUUGUGGGAGCUGGUGGCCACCAGGAAAACAUCCUGAAACCUUUAAAGUACAAACUAAGAAGACAAAUAAGAAUGCCAAAUUCACCAAAAUCUUUGUUGGGAUGAGAUUUAUUAGAACAUCUAGACGUUUAAAGAAGGGGAAAUGAAAUUAAAAGUUAAAUAUGAUCAAGUAAUUGAAAUAUUGAGCUUAUCUUUAAUUCAACAGAAAAGAGGAAAAGAGGACCUCCCUGAAGUAAAAGAAAUUUUUAACCAGGUGUAUCUGAAAAUAACUUCCGGGAAAGGUGAAAAAUGCUUUACCUGUUACAGUAAAAAUGAUAAGGGGGAGGCUUGCCCAGUUCAGAUAAAAACAAUAUCCCUUGGUCAGCAAGGCUGUGGGGAUAUUGGCAGAGAAACUGAAAUAAAAUACACUCUGUAGUAGAUCUACUAAUGUAAAUCUGUGUGUUUUGCCAUGACAAUGACUAGUUAUGGGAUGUGCAGAUGAAACUCUGCAUUGACAACGAAGUACAAGGAAUAAGGUUGGUCAGGUGCCUCCUACCAUAGUCAAGGGCAAGACUGGGGUGGCCUCUGUGUUUGCCACCAAGAAGAAUCUUGAGCUCCGCUGUUGGCUGCAACCCAGUAGGUGUUGAGCAGUGGGAACAUAUGCCAUGCCAGACCUUGAUGUGAGGAAUGGCCCACUCUGAGGCACCGAUUUGGAAAUUGGAAACUGCCUGGCCGACCAUGAGGCCAGACGAGUAACAGAGGAGGUAGGAAAGGAGGAAUUAUCCUUAAUACCAGACGAUAAAAUCCAAACUGUAAGUACAGAUCAAGAGCCAAACUAUUCUAAAGAAAACUUAAAACCCUAUUAUUAAUAAGACGCAUUGGGGAGCUGAUACUUUAUAUAAAAGUCUAAAUCAGAAAUUGAUAGGGUGAAACUUGUAUACUGUAAUAAAACAGGUGACUCAGCAAUGUGAAAUGUGUUUAUGCAAUAAUCCCAAUACAGCAAAUAAAAUAAAACUAGGGAACAUUAGUAGAGGAAAUUAUCCAGGGCAACAUUGGCAGAUCGAUUUCUGGGAACUUCCUAGAAAAGGGGGGUAUCGAUAUUUAUUGGUACUAACAGAUACCUUUUCAGGUUGGCCAGAAGCCUUCCCGUGCAGAACUGCUAAAGCCCGGGAAGUGACCAAAAUACUACUCCAAGAGAUAAUACCUAGGUUUGGAGUCCCAGCGGUAAUGUCCUCGGAUAGAGGUUCACAUUUUGUGUCCAGAAUAGUGCAACAGAUCAGCCACCAUCUAGGAAUAGAUUGGCAAUUACACACCCCAUACCGACCACAAUCGAGUGGCCAGGUGGAAAAGAUGAAUCAUCUAAUCAAACAACAGACUGUCAAGUUAGGUCAAGAAACAAAUCUAACUUGGCCCCAGUCUUUGCCAUUAGCUCUUACACGAAUUUGAACUAGACCAAGAGCAAAAGAGGGGCUUAGCCCAUUUGAAAUUUUAUAUGGAUGACCCUAUGUGGUACAAAAGGGUGUUACCGAAAUCUCGGACUGAAGAACUUAUCGACACCAAUGUGAUGUAGAUAAGCAGACACUUCUUUAUUGACGGCCGGGUGCGUGAGCGAGUCCUCUCAUGAUCAACGCACACUAGGUCCCAAAAUCAUAUUCCAUAUAUAGAACUUAUUCAUACAUAUUCAUUAAUUAUUCAUACAUAAUCAUAACAUUUCCCUUAAAUCAUUUACAUACUCUCCUCCUAUAUCCGAUUAUGCGCAGCAAAGCUUAGAAAGGUCUAGAAAUGGGUCUGGGGUACGAUUUGGGUAGGUGGUAUAUGAGUCGGUGGUCGCGAUCUCCCCCUGCCGGAAUUAACUUUUACUAAAGUUCACAGUUUCUUGGCAGGUAACCACCAGCUGUUCCAGUCAACUCUCCCUGGUUUCCAUUAAUCUCAUAUUCUGACAUUUCAAUACACCUUCUACAUACAGAAGACUGGUUAAAUACAAUGGGAACCUUCCAACCCUAGAGUUAUUACAAUAUUUCCAGGCCCUUCUUCUAGCCUUGGUACAAGACGUACAAAAGAUUCCAUAACGUCUCUUAUUGCGUAGAUGCAAGUUUCCUAUAAUUUUUUUUUUCCUUAGCCUUCUACAUUUUAAUUCUAUUAAAUGAUUUUAUAAAAUCAAUUAAUUAAUCAAAUAGAAUCAAUCGAUUUUAACUUAUUAACUAAUCGGUAACAAGGGGACGUCUUCACAGAUUGGUGAAGAAACAAUGACUUCCUAUAUGGUGGCACUAAACAAACAAUUAAUAAGAAUUGAAAAGCAUGUGAUGGGAACACGUAGUAGGGGUCUGGAUGGACCUGUUCACGAUAUACAACCAGGGGACUAUGUAUAUGUUAAGUGUUUUACAGAUAAAACCCUGGAACCACAGUGGACCGGACCUUUUCAAGUCCUACUCACCACCUACACUGCAAUCAAGGUUGAGGGACAGAAUUCUUGGAUUCACCAUACCUGAAUUAAGAAAGCCCCUGCAACUUCGUGGAAAGUAACCCCAGAUAAAAAAGAACUGAAACUCAAAUUUACUCGGACAAAUGGGAACAAUAUUGGUGGCAAGUAAGUGAACCUGAGCGGUUGCGGAUCCACCAUAUGGGAAGGGCACCACAACAAACAAUAUAGAACAAAAGAGUCUGGGACUGAGCCAGUGGCCAGUCUUGCCCAACUUGUUAUCAGUAAGCCCCAACUCAAAAAAAGAUAUUUUGAUCAAAACAGAUUUUAUAUGUAUAUAUGAGAAACGUUUAAAUUGUUAAAAUGAUCAAUAGUGGGUUUAAACCAUUUGUGGUUUUUUGUACCCUCUCUCUUGCCUACAACCAAGAGCCUGAUAACUGACCUUGGAAUCAUGCCCAGAAAAAACACACUGGAAUAAUGGGAAAGGUGGACUCAAAGACGAAACUAGCUAUGGUGUUUUUUUCUGAAGAUGAGGUGUACCAAAGGAAUCAAUGGGAUCGGGAGGAUGUACACAAAGUCGACCGAAGUAGGGUGUCAAACAUAUAAUGAAAAGGAUAACACCAAGAUUUCGGGAGACACCCUGAUUAAUGUCAGAAAGGUAGAUAAGGAAUUUACCCUUCUAAAUACAACCAUGUGCUUUAAUUCACGGGAAUGUUGGCACAAUUUUACCUUAACUGAGCCCAUCUUUAUAAUAUGCCUAGGAAAGGAAUCCCCAAGAACAGCUCUGACUUAUAAGAUCAAAAUAACAAUCCUGCUAACCACUGUUCCUACCACCACCACAGUUACUGCAACGAGCGAGGGAAAGCAAGCAGCCGACUCAAUAUGAGUGAUAAAGCAAGCUUCGAUUUAUUACGGCGCGAUUAUGUCUUAUAUACAGUUCCAGUUAAUUAUGCCUACAAAUCAUCUGCUGAUUGGCUAAGCUCUAAAGGGUUACACUUUCAUACGUCCUCCUACUUGCGGUUUCGGCGGAUAGCUAGCUACAUAUAUUUUUUUUUCCUCUCUUGUCUACGCGAAUUCCUCAAAGUUAUUUACAACAUUAGGCACAAGGUCAGCAUGACCUUAUCUCUUUUCCCUUUUUAGCAGUCCUGGUAAUUUUCCAUUUUUAGCAAGCCUGGUAACUUCCCACUGCGGCCUAGCUUGGUUCACUCCAGACUUGUGUCAAAAGCUGUAUCACACAGUCCUUCUAUGGAACCGUGGCCGUUCUCUUUCAUCCAUUCUGCAACAAGUUACAACAACCCCAUUAACGCUUGAUCUUAAAUUAACUAAACCAAAUCCAAAAAUUUAUACAAUUGGACCAUAUGUAAUCAGAAAUACAGGUCAGCAACAAAUGUUGUUUAACCCAGAAUGGUCUCUUAAAAGAAUAGAGUUACAAAUACAAGUCAAUGUUUCUGAUGUUAAGCCAUCCUGUUCCCCCUUCUUACGGACCUCUUAUGAGGGAUGGACAACUUGGUUAAGACAAAGGGGAAAUAUCUAUCGAAACAGAAUAGUGAGAGAUGUAACUGGAAUGUUGGGAACAGGACUCGGAGUAUUAAAUUCCAUAGAUUCAGAAGUGAUAAUGAAUAAACUAGCCGCCACCACAGCCGAUCUAUCAAAACUACAACAACCACUAAAAUCUUCAUUAUUGGCAUUAGGGGCGCAUCAAUGGUUGAUAUCGAAGGUACUCCCCAGGUGGGAACAAAUAAACAUGGAAGAUCAUCAACUCAUCACUAAGGCGUUAGGUGGUUUACAGGACGACGUCGCCCUGGCUCUAAGUUGUAUCCAAGCCCAAAUGUGGAUGCAAUCAAUAGCUGCAUCCAUAAUAAGAGAAGGAGAGGAAGGCAUAUUUCCUACGGAAAUUCGAAAGAUGGUUUGGGACAAUGCUACGGAGGUAGAAAGAAAACUCCAGUCAUGGUGGAAAAUGGUGAACUUUACCUACGACCCCAACACACACACAAUCACAGGUUUUGUAUUAACCAUACGUAAUGCAGUAAUAAUUACCAUACACCCCAUUGUAGCCCUUGGAAUUAACCAUAAUGGGGUGCUCCUAUACCCUUUUGAACAUAGAACAUGGGCCAGAAAGACAGGCGACAAGUGGCAAACAGUAGAUUUAGAAUCUUGUAUUAUGCGAGAGCAGCAGGGCUUCCUCUGUGAAAGCAAUACUAUAAUGGCUCAGGAUACUUGUUUAGAUACAGAUCAGAAAAUAUGUCAUUUCGAGGCCCGACCAAAUGCAAACUUGAAAACAGUAAUUAUAUAUGCAGGGAAGGGAUGUGCGUGUUUGAGAACUAAGUGUAACACAAUAACCGUAGAUGGGGAGGUAAAGGAGACUGCACAGUAUUCAAAUUAUUGUAUUUGUAAUUUUACUACUAUCACAGGAUGCGAUUUUAGUUACUCAGCCGCAGUAGUGUCUCAUCAAUUCUUAAAAUCCAACUUUACCCCAUCACAGAUGAUAAUUCCUACCCCCAUAGGACUAAAUAUAAGCAGUAUAAAAGAACUAUUAAAACAUGCAGAUUUACAACGUAUACUGGAAGAAACCAAAGAAAAGGGACACGAAACUCUUCUUAUGAUCCAUCAUGAUGUAGAGGGGAUCAAGAAAGUUUUAAAAAGGUAGAACAGGAUGGAAACCAUAAUUGGUGGGAUACUCUCUUUGGCUGGUCACCUUCUGCAACAGGAAUUCUUAACACUCUGGUACACCCCAUUGUGAUCUUAUUGAUCAGUUUAGGAAUUUCCUUAAUACUAACCAUUGUGUUAUAUUUGUGGGUUUGGAGAAUGUUUAAAAGGGUAACACUUAUGUAUGAUGCUUUAUAUCAUUCGGGAAGGCUGCUUAAGUAAAAGAAUUUACUUAGUUUGAUAGAAAAGGGGGGAUUGCUAUGGAGAAAUAGUGUGAAAUGGGGACAAUGGACAUGGACUGUGAUUGUAUAUGUCUGCCCAGGAAUGUGGGUAUGGUGACGGGUCAUGGGUGCGAUGUCUGGUCACAUAGGCACACAGCUUUGAGGAGACACCUACAGUUUUGAGGAGAUGCCUGCCCUUCUUCCUCUAACAAAGGGGCUAUUUAAAAAAGAAUGAGAAAAGGAUGAGAGACAUUCCAAGGCUAUCUAGAGGAAGGGAGUGCUAAGUCUCCUUGCUGGAGAAGAUCGGAUGGUCACAAGGACAUGAAUCACCUACAAACCUGCAAGACCACCACAUUCCAGGCAAAGGACUGAUAAGCUAAUUAACAUACGAAGCGGGGUUUAGGUAACGAAUAUGUAUAGGCGUUAAUUGAAUAUUCAUUUGUUUCAUUGUAUAAAUGUGAGAUGGUUCGUCACUUCGGGCAUGCACGCUUGUGGAGGAGCGAUCCCCCGUGCAACUGCGCACAAUAAACAUACCUACUUUAUAACUUCCGAGUUAUAGAGUCUAAUUCCUCACGUCAGUUGUAUACUCAACUGUAUAAAUAGUGUAAAGUUUUGACAAUCGGAGAGCUAGGCAUUUGAGGGUUACCACCUAGCUCCCUACUUUGCGCAAACUAGAAUAAAGAAAUAAGGAAUACCUCAACUUGGUGUGUGAAUUGGCACUGCGCACUGUGUAAGGAACCUGCUUACUGACAACAAAGCUAUAUAUAAUAUUUCAAUAUCUUGUGAGGUUUUCACUGAAGAUGAUUCUUGGGCUUCCAGUGUAUAAAACGUAGUUUUGAUCAUGUUAUAGUUUUGCUAUAUAAGUUAAGAUUGAUUGACUUUAUUUGAUUGAUUAUUUGAUUUUAUAAAAAUUAUUUUAUAAAAUAGAAAUAUAGAAGGAUAAGAAAUAUAUUUUAAUGAAACUUAUAGUUGCACAGUAAAAGCUGCUAUGAAAUCCUCUGUAUAUCCCGUACCACAGCUAGAAGAAUGGGCUAGAACCAUUGUGGAUAACUGGCUAGCUGAAAAGGGUCACAUAGACAUAGUCCAGCUGGCUGGACAAAAAUGCACAUCGCUCUCAGCUUAUCUGAAGUAAAGCAAAAAUACACUGUCCUUGGCUGUUCUUGUUACACAAUAUCAGGAAGAUUGUGGUGGGAAAAGAAUGUUACAGGUGGGAACAGAUAACUACAGAAGAGAAACUAGGGGCGGGCUUGGUAUUUAGGCAACUAAGCUUAACUUUUGUAAUAUGUAUGAGCUAAUUAUAACAAGGCAUAAAAGGUGACUGUAAGGUACAAUAAAUGAAGUCUGCUGAUCACUC